UUAUAUUAAUCUCAACGAUUGCAAUUAUAGGAAAAUACUGUACAUGUAAUUUUCUGAGAAUAUUCAAGUUACCAGAUUAAUUAAUUCCUAGCAUUACAGUUCAUUUCAUUUAAAAACAUAUUUGUGGAAGAUUGGAGCGUAAUAUUUUUUUUUUAUUUGUCAGGUAUUUAUGUCCCCGUAACCCAACAUUUAACCUCUCUGUUGAUUGGGACACGAUAUCUAGCCAAUGAAACUAUUAACCAAUCAUCAACGACGAGUCUCACACAGCACACUGAAAUCAAAAUGGACGACAUGGAUACAGGUGACCGUCGGAUAUGGUCACCAUAUGACAAGUCAUUCACCAAAGUAACUUUAAUACAAGGUUCAGGAUUGGCCUCUCCGAAUGAAGGUGCCACUUGCAUAGUGGAAAUCAGUCGAUUGACCGGAGGAUGUCACGUGACUGAUGACGUCGUGGGAUACCCGCUUGGAAAAGAAACCAAAACAUGCAUUGGUGAAUAUGAUGCCGACUUAUCCGAAAUCGUAGAUGGUUGCCUAGAAACCAUGAAGGAAGGUGAAGUUUGUGAACUUCACAUUCCAGAAUCAACAUUGAUGGAAAGAAUCGGUGUUGAUUAUUUGUGCAAAAUGAGAACGACAGUUUGUGUUGAAGAUGUUGACAAAUUGAACAUUAUUUUGAAGAUUGAACUCAAACAAUUUACUAAAGUGAUUGAAAAGUGGAAAAUGUCUCAAGAAAAGAAAAUUGAGACAGCUGAGUAUCAGAAAGGCAAAGGAAAUGUAUGUUUUCAGCAAGGUAAAACUGUACUUGCAGCAAGACGGUACAGCAAAGCGUUAAAAAGUCUUAUUACAGUUGUUGACAUGAAGCAUUUAAAUGAUUUGCCAGUCAACAUGAAACAACACUAUACAGCAUUAAAGUGUUCAUGUUCGUUGAACUUGGCUGCUUGUUUACUAAAAUUGAAGCAGUUUUCAAAUGUUGUCAAGUUGUGUUCUGAUGCAUUAGAAAUUGUGGGAGAGAAUGUUAAAGGAUUGUACAGACGGGGACAUGCUUUUAGGAAACUUGGUGAAUUCGAAAGGGCCAGGGAAGAUCUUACUUUUGCACAGAGACUAGAACCACACAAUAAAGCCGUGCAGGAUCAGAUAGCAAUACUGGAUCGUGAUGUAAAAGAGUUGGAUGACAAGUAUGCAAAAGCCAUGAGUAAAAUGUUUGGAGGUCCUGUAAAAUCAUAA